AUGUUCAAGUCUGCAGUCACUUGUAAUGCCAUCAAGACUCUGAACACCGCUCGUCCUGCCUUUGCAGCUACUCGCCCAGCGACGGGCUUCAUUCGCCCUCUCUCAUACACUGCUUCACUCGGAAAGAGAAAGCACGAUGACCCCUCAACGAACCCCAUCCUCUCUGCUACGACCAAAGCCCCCGAGGGUGCUUCUGGCGAUAAGGAGGGCCAAUUUGCUCGCACUGAUGAGAACGUACAGAUUGAAUACCCUCCCGACAGCGAGAUGCCCACUCAACCUGUGGCCCAGGGACGCGGGGGCAUACAUUCCAAGCGUACUCUAGCCCAAUUUUCACUUGAGAGGAAAGUAACCCUGGUGACUGGUGGUGCACGUGGGUUGGGGUUGGUCAUGGGCCAAGGCCUUGUCGCUUCUGGCUCAGAUCUAGCUAUCGUUGAUCUUAACAAGGAUGAAGCCGAGUCCGCAGCCAACUCGUUGAUCGAGCAGUUCCGCAAGGAGAAUCCCGGCCUGGAAGAUAUGCCUAAUGUCACCGCUCAUUAUGCGGAUGUCGCCAGCCCCGACUCCGUGAACAACGCCAUGGCAGACAUCCUAGCCAAGCACAGCCAGAUCGAUAACCUGGUCACAUCGGCCGGCUUCACCGAGAACUUCGAGGCUAUAAACUACCCCUUUGACCGUAUGCAGAAGCUGUGGGGCGUCAAUGUUGAUGGCACAUACCUUUUCGCUAUCAGUGUUGCCAAGCACCUUAUAGAGCGCAAGGCACCCGGUAGCAUUGUCAUGAUCGGCUCGAUGUCCGGUGCCAUUGUUAAUGUUCCCCAGCCCCAGGCUCCAUACAAUGCCGCGAAGGCUGCUGUGCGCCACCUGGCUGCUUCGCUCGCUGUGGAGUGGGCUGGCCAUGAUAUCCGUGUUAACUGCAUUAGCCCUGGCUAUAUGCUUACUGCUUUAACCCGCAAGAUUCUCGACGAGAACCCUCAGCUUCGCGACCACUGGACCUCUCUUAUCCCCACCGGCAAGAUGGGUACACCGGAGGACCUAAUGGGUGCCGUGGCUUUCCUGCUCAGUGAUGCCUCCAAGUACAUCACUGGGGCGGAUCUCCGCGUUGAUGGGGGCUACACCGUAACCUAA